AUGGCUCAUAUUUCCGAGUACUUGGUCGAUGCUACGAGCAGUGUUGGCUUAAAUAACUUAAUAGCUCGCGACAUGGGGGUAUCUUCACCUCAAGACAUUCCUUCGGAAUCCCCAGUUAUGGAAGAGAAAGAAAAACAUAUUUGGCGAAUGCACCAACCUAGUGAAGCACCACGGAAAUACAGUAUAUUUCCUUCUAAAGACAAGCUAUCAAUUGGCUCAGAUCGACAAAGUCCAGAAUCCUCAUUGUCAUUGGCGUUGGGAGAGAAGCACAACGUUCAAAAACCAAAAGAAUUGAACAAACGAAGAAAACCAAGUGUCACCGAAUUAGGACCAAUGACUACUGUACAUGAAGUUUCGAUGGAUUCUCCUACUAUUCCAGGACGACCUCCUCUACACGAAAGAUCUUUCAGUGCUCCAGGUGGUAAAUGGAGACAGCAUACAUAUGGCGAAUCCUUAGUUGCAUGUAUUGAGGGACCAAUUCUAGAUGAGAAUGCAGAGAUUGAAAACGAAAUUCAUGAAUCCAACGUUUUGAAAAGACAACGAUCAAAUUCCAACUGCCGUUCGAAAUCACCCAGACCACUUUCACCAAAAUCUUUGGCUCCUCUAUAUAUUCCAUCCAGAAAUGCUCCAGUGCCACCAAGAAUUCGUACCCAGUCUUCACCAAGUACACUAAGAUCACCAAUGCCACCACAAGUGCCACCAAAGUCCGCUAGAAUGAUGGAGCAAUCUCCAUAUCAUAGAUCUUCUCCUUUUACCCCUUCAUCAUCUGUUAGUGCUUCUACAGCAGCAACAACCCCAAGUUCUCCACGAGAAGGACGUUCUUCUCCAAAACCUUGGAUGUCUACUGGUCGAUCAUCACCAAGACCAUGGAUGAAUCUUCUCUCCGGACGAUCAUCUCCUAAACCGGUCAAAGACGCCUCAUCAAUCAUGCAGCAGAGCGCAAAUUCCAGCUCAAUCACUCUUCCACUUCCAACCCCUCGACGAACCUCCCCCGGUCAUUUCCGCAACCAAUCAGAGACUUUUGUUCAACAGCCAAGAGCCGGAAAUCUGGCUCACGAUGUGCCUCAUCGACGUGGAGGGUCCGAAUCUGGUCCCUCAAUAAUGGAUCGAGGAAGACCUAAGAAGAGAAGUGAUGGAUCACCCAUCAAAGCAUCGGCCCCAAAGCCCUUGCAUUCAAAAAAAACUCCUACCUCCGAGGAGCAAAUGGCUUUCGAACAUUUACCCCAGGGUGUCAAGGCUGCUCAAGCAAGUUCAAAAUUGACUCAAACGGAAAUGGAGACACUUAGAUGUCAGGCUGUUGGCCAAGUUUGUCGCUUUGAGGUUCUCAAUUCAAAAGAUGUGGAAGCUCUUUCAAGAGAACUUCGCGCUCUCGACGAACGAUGUCUCUACCUCCGCAAAACCCACCGUUCCCUCCGUGCCGGUCGUCGCAAUCUCCACGAUCGCAUUUGUACCUAUCUCCGCUCACCCCGCACCGCCAAAUUCUCCCACGAUGCCAUUCUCAAGCAAGAAGAAGCACUCUCGGAACUCGAUUCAUCAAUUGAUGACUGGGUAUCCAAACUCGAUCAAGCUGAGAACAGACGCACACGAGUGCGUCAAAAGUUAUUGGAACAUGUUGCUGCGGCUGUCUGUAUGCCCGUUACUACUCCUUCAGUUAAAAAACAUAAUAAUAGUGUAAAUACCAUUACACCACCACGAAGUCCUAUCAAGGGAAUUAGUCCUGUGCGAGAAAGUCAUCGCACAGUCGACGUUAUGACUCCUCAACCCCACCUUUCCGAAGCAGAACUCAAAGAGAAAAAAGAGGCGAGACGGAAAGCAGUGGAAUCUAUUCGCAUCUAUGCUGACUCGGAUGUUUUUGCUCUGUUGGCCGAUGUGGAAGAUGAGAUUAAUAGAAUGGGUGAUCCUACUUUGUCUUCCUCAUCAGAUGAAUCUCAUGAGAAGCAAGUAACAGCUCAAGCACAGGCCCCACGAAAGGAAAAGGCUCCUGAAGCUUCGCAAGCUGAUUCCCAUUUCUCAUCUUCUGCACCCGUGGCGCCAAUGUCGCCUUUCUUGCUCAGACCAAUGGUUUUCACCAUGCCCGCUGGAAAGCAAGGUGUUAAGGUUUAA